AUGUUCAUUGGUGGUCUGAACUGGGAGACAACUGAUCAAUCACUCAAAGAGUAUUUCUCGCAGUUUGGCGAGGUCCUAGAGUGCACUGUUAUGAGGGAUGGUGCUUCUGGUCGAUCUCGAGGUUUUGGCUUCCUCACCUUCAAGGAUGCACGAACUGUCAACAUUGUGAUGGUAAAGGAGCAUUAUCUUGAUGGAAAAAUUAUCGAUCCAAAGCGUGCGAUUCCGCGAGAUGAGCAAGAGCGUACGAGUAAGAUCUUCGUCGGUGGUGUAUCACAAGAGGCUACCGAGCAAGAUUUCAAGGAGUACUUUAUGCAAUUCGGUCGUGUUGUCGAUGCCACUUUGAUGAUGGACAAAGACACCGGGAGACCACGCGGUUUCGGAUUCGUCACAUUCGAUAGUGAGGCAGCUGUCGAUGCUUGCUUAGAAAUUCCCCUUGAGAUUCACGGCAAGCCGAUCGAGGUCAAGAAGGCUCAGCCCCGAGGCAACAUGCGGGAGGAGGAGGAGGCGCGCGGCGGUGCUCGAGGAGGCCGUUGGAAGAAGGGGGCUGAAGAUAACCAAGUCAGUCAGAAUCAGCAAGCGCAGAGUGGGAAUCAGAUGGCUCCUGGUGGGAUGACCCCUCAAUUAAUGGCACAGUACUGGCAACGUAUGCAGCAGUACUUCCUUAUGAUGCAGCAGCAGAUGGCUAUGGGACGCGGUAUGCCUACUCCAAUGGCGGGUAUGAACCCAGCCAUGAUGCAACAGAUGGCUCAGAUGCAGCAAAUGCAAGCAAUGCAGCAGCAGAUGCAAGGAAACCGAAGCCAGAGUCCCCAGAGCCCUGGAAAUGCGAUGGGUGGUAUGCAAGGCAUGAACCCGGCGAUGAUGCAGCAGAUGCAACAAAUGCAACAAAUGCAAAUGCAGGGCGGCAUGGGCGGUGGUGCCGGUAUGGGAGGUGGAUUUGCUGGAAGUGGAGGAAGCAAUCCCGGUGGACGAGUUGGCACGCCGGGCUACAAUGCCUACGAGCAACAGAUGUUCGAGCAGCAGAAGUACGAGCAGCAACAGAUGCGACGAGCCACACGCGAGCAGUCCCAGUACUCGCAAGGUGGAUAUGGUAUGAGUGGCAGUGGAGGACCGACUUCUUGGGAGGGCAUGUAUGAUGAUGUUCCGCAACCUAACGUUGCUCCCACUACCGGUGGGGGUGGGGGUGGUGGUGGACGUGGUGGGUUCCAGAAGGGCGGAAGCAACAGAGGCUCAGCACCACCAGACCCUGCGAAGGCACCACCAGCCAACGCUCCAACGGGACCUAAGAAUGCCGGAAAGCCCGGUGCGAAUUAUCGUGGUGGAGGCCGGGGUGGUCAACGAGGCUUCCAUCCAUAUGCCCGGGGCUAA